CUCACACUGAUAACAGUACUGUACACAUAAACCAACUUGACGAAUCCAAAUAAAGUUGUGUUACGUUUAGCGAAAUGUUGGAGAGAAGAGAGUAAAGGCACCAAACAAUCUGAAUGACCUCUUAUCUAGAAAAGCUUUUUCCACUGCUGGAGUCAUGGAUUUUAACAGUGUGCUGCAACUGCAAAUACUCCUAGCUUGCCUUCUUCGGAUUUCAGAAGCUUUUAAUGUUGGAAUAUCAGGAGCCAAGGUAUUCACAGGACCUGCCUCUGAGCAGUUUGGAUACACAGUGCAACAGUUUACAAGUGCUAACAGCAAAUGGUUGCUGGUUGGCUCCCCCUGGAGUGGCUACACACAGAACAGGAUGGGAGACGUAUACAAGUGCCCAUUGCACCAAUCCAGAACCACAUGCGACAGACUGCAUUUACAGAACAACACAACGAUCUCCACUGUGACAGAGAUAAAAAUCAACAUGAGUCUCGGCUUGACCCUUGCUCGGAAUUCUAACAAAAAUGGAUUUAUGACGUGUGGGCCACUGUGGACACAGCAGUGUGGCAACCAGUACUUCCCUACUGGAAUCUGCUCGGACGUCGGCCCCUCCUUCACUUCAGUACAGAGCUUUGCUCCUGCAAUACAAACAUGUGGGGGUUCCAUGGAUAUUGCAAUUGUGUUAGACGGCUCCAACAGUAUUUGGCCAUGGCCACCGAUCCAGUCUUUUCUCAAAAAAUUAUUGCAAGGAUUAAAUAUUGGUCCAAACGAUGCUCAGGUUAGCAUCAUACAGUAUGCAGUCGACCCAGAUUUUGAAUUCAGAUUGAACGACUACACAAGCAAAGAAAAGCUGAUUACUGCUGCAUCCAACAUAAACCAGAAGUUGGGGGACCAAACAAAUACCUUCAGGGCCAUUGACUUUGCCAGAUCACAUGCCUUCUUGCCAUCAAACGGUGGUCGUCCUGGUGCUGCUAAAGUGAUGGUUGUUGUGACUGAUGGAGAAUCCCAUGAUUACUCAAUGAGGGACAACGUCAUUGGUGCUUGUGAGAAGGCUCAGAUCACUAGGUUUGGUAUUGCUGUCCUUGGCUAUUAUAUCAGAAACGACAUUGAUACUAAGAACCUCAUUUAUGAAAUCAAGUCGAUCGCCAGCUCUCCGACAGAGCGGUACUUUUUCAAUGUAUCUGCUGAAGCAGCCCUGUCAGAGAUUGCCGGGACGCUGGGGGAGCGCAUCUUUAACAUUGAAGGAACUGGUACAGGUGGUGAAAUCCAAAUGGAAAUGUCCCAGGUUGGGUUUAGUGCCUACUACUCAAACAAAACGGAUGUAAUGAUGCUGGGGGCAGUAGGAGCCUAUGGCUGGAGUGGCACAGUCGUUCAUAAGACUGCCAGCAAAUCCGAUAUAUUCCCUGAACAAACCUUCCAGAAGACCCUGGAGGACAGGAAUCACAGCUCCUUACUGGGUUACUCAGUGACCACGCUGACGAGCGAUGACUCUGAGCUGUAUGUUGCUGGAGCCCCCCGUUCCAACCAUACUGGCCAAGUGAUCACUUACACUGUAAACAAGCAAGGCGAUCCUGCAGUUGUGCAGUCACAAAGAGGAGAGCAGAUUGGUUCCUAUUUUGGCAGUGUCCUCUGCUCCGUGGAUGUUAACCAGGACUCCCGAUCGGAUGUUUUAUUGGUUGGUGCUCCAAUGUUUAUGAACGACUUGAAGAGGGAAGUGGGACGAGUCUAUAUGUUCUCAGUCAGUAAGGGCAUUUUAGGACAGCGGGAGGUUCUGCAAGGCCCAUCACAUUCUGAGAAUGCUCGCUUUGGAAUGGCUAUUGUUGCUGUUCCUGACCUAAAUGUAGAUGGGUUCAGUGAUGUCAUAGUAGGAGCUCCUUUGGAGGAUGAGAACAGAGGUGCCAUUUACAUUUACAAUGGAGAUGAAAGAACCAUUAGGACAGUGUGUUCCCAGAAAAUAUCUGGCUCAGAAAUCAGCCAGAAGCUGCAGUAUUUUGGAAGGUCUCUUGAUGGCAACGGAGAUUUAAAUGCAGACUCCAUUCCUGACGUAUCGGUCGGGGCCUAUGGGAAUGUAGUGCAACUCUGGUCCCGAAGUAUAGCAGAUGUAACGGUAAAGGCCACUUUUACGCCAGACAAGAUCAGUAUCCUCAAUAAGAACUGUGACUUCAACGGGAGGAGGCUGUUCUGUUUUGAUGCAAGCGUCUGCUUCAAGGCUCACUUUAGGCCAAAAACAGCCACCGGACCUGUGGAUAUCCAAUACAAUGCGACGCUUGAUGCAGAUCUCCAGUCCUCUAGAGUGUCUUCCAGGGGUUUGUUUACUGAAAGCAAUGACCGGCUCCUGCAGAAAAACAUUGGAGUCGGCAACUCAGAAGUUUGCUUUAAGCAUAAGGUUUAUGUUCAGGAGGCGCCUGACUUUGUGAAUUCCAUUGGCCUGCGUGUUGACGUUGGCCUGGAGAAGCCUCAGAGCAGCCCUGUGCUGGACAUGUACAGACACAACUCCUGGGAGUUCUCUAUUCCCUUCUCUAAAGACUGUGGUGAAGAUGAGCUCUGCUUGUCCGAUAUCGUGCUGAAUGUCCAGAAGAAGAAUCUGGAUAGCAGCCCUUCACCACUCCUCAUCAGCACUAAGAACAGAAGGAUAUCAUUCGCAGUGAAGCUGGAGAACACCAUGGAAAAUGCAUACAAUGUGAAGAUCGCUGCCAUUUACUCAAAGAAUUUAUUCUUCUCAUCUCACACCCAACCUGCUGAUGGCACGGAGGUGAAAUGCCAAGUGGAGUCAACUGAAUCCAUCUCUUGCCAGGUUGGAUAUCCAGUUCUCAAACCAGACCAAGAGGUCUCCUUUGACAUCAACUUUGAUUUUAAUUUCAAUCACUUGCAGAAAGAGGCUUAUGUAAACUUCCAGGCUCUCAGUGACAGCACAGAAAAGACGCCCACAAACAAUGUUGUCAACAUCUCAUUUCCUGUUCAGUAUGACUCAGAAAUUACUUUAACAAGAGAUACAAGCUUGAAUUUCUAUGAGAUAAACCGGGAUCUCUUUGUUAAAACCACAGUGAACAGCUAUGAUGACAUUGGUCCUGAAUUCAACUUCACACUGAAGGUUACCACUGGGAGCUUCCCUGUCCACAUGGCCUACCUCACAAUUGCUCUGCCAGUGUCAACCAAAGCAAAUAACCCACUGCUGUACCUCACCGGGGUCAAUACAGAGAUGGCCAGAGAUGUGAGCUGUGAGACAAGCAGUCUGCUGAACCCACUGGAGAUCGGAAAGAGGCCUUACUCGGCAUCCUUCUCCAAGGAGAGGCUCACUGGGAUCAAGGAGCUGGACUGUGACACUGCAACUUGUAAGCACAUCAAAUGCUGGUUCAAAGACUUGGAACCAAGAAGUAAUUAUCUGUUGAAUAUCACAACAAGAAUCUGGAAUGGAAGCUUCACCACUUCAACAUUUCAGUCUAUAAAGCUCACAGCAAGCGCAGAGAUGGAUACGUCAGAGCCUGAACUACUGAUUAUCUUGGACAAAAAACUACCAAUAGAAAUUACAAUUAGCAAACCUGGUGAGAAAGGAGAGGUGCCGGUGGGGGUGAUCGCAGGCAGUAUAAUCGGAGGGCUCAUCUUACUGGCUGCGCUGGUUGCUCUCUUGUGGAAGCUUGGCUUCUUCAAAAGGAAGUACGAGCAGCUGAUGAAGAGCGCCGAUGACGAUGGAGAGGCUGAUGCCCUGCAGGACGAGACUUCAUGAGCGCGAUACGCCCGGGCACUCUGAACAGUGGAACUGCAGCUUUCUUUAUACGCUUUCAUGUUGGGGACCAAAGGGAAUGUUAUUAAUGGCAAGCUCUGUAACGGCACCACUGCAGAUUCACUGUACAGGAAAGGGUGCUGCAAAGGUUAAAACUGGCCAGUGGGUUUGAUUCCUUGCAUGAAGAGGCCAGUUGCUUUUUUGGACAUUAACUGGAUUAUUUCAGGUAGCAGCAAGAGAUAUGCUGCAGUAAUGCUCUGAUAGUGAGUGGAUCUCUGUGGAGCAUUCCAGGAAAAUCAUAUUUACAUUUAAAAAGAACAGCUUUUAUACCCAGCGUUGGACUUCCCUUCGUAAAAUAACAUUCUACUCACGUUCGUUCAGACAGCAGCUGCAAAACAUGUGCUGACAUGCAAUCAUUUACAAAUUGUUACAAUUUCAGCAGUCUUACAUUUUAGGGUCUCCUUAACGACCAGAUCAGAUUUAAUACAAUGGGCCGCUAGGCCUUUGGGUUGCUAACUAGGUUCUGCUGAAAUGCCCAGUUACAGAAUCAUCUGCACUGUUGCAUGUUAACUUCAUGUAUUCCAUGUGUCUGGUUUAACCCUUAAGAUACACAAGGAACUGAGCCGUUAUUGAAACUGUUUCUUCUUAAAAUACAUUUGAGAGAGUGACUCAAGUAUCAUGAGGAGGAAACUGACAAUUUGGAUUAACAGAUCCAACCCGUCAGCAAGUUUGAAACCGUUUCGUGCACCUCAUUGCAAAAAUAAUAAAGUUAGCAUGGUUUUUAUUUUGGUGGGACACAUGUGUCCCUUGUACCUCAACAGAUUCAGUAAAGCAUGCUUUCACAUUUUUUAAUUCUCAGUGUUAUCAUUAUCAUUGAGGUGUUAAUGUAGCUGCCAAUCAGUACACCAAACCACUACCAAUACACCACUAGAGACAAGUUCUGUUUAUAGGGGAGAAGCAGGAAAAACAAGAGGAUCCAGGAUGUUCUGCCUUGUGCUUAUUUUAUCAUCACACGUGUCAUCUUUUACAGUGUGCUGAAUAUCAAACAAACCCUGAAUUUCUGUGUCCCAACUUGAGAUAAAGUGUAUGUAACAGUACUGAAUAUUUUGAGAGUUUGAGUUCAACUUACUUGAAAAGUGUGCCCACGUACUCGACAAGUCUUACAGAACAUGAAUUAUAAAAAACAUUUUAGGAGUAUAAGACACCAUUCGUUUUUACUUUUGAAAGAAGAAUGCAGUUAUCCAUCAGCUAGUAAAACGAGACUCCCUGUUAAAUGCAAAGGAAACCACACCAGAUGUCCAUGAUACAGAUUCAAGGAUCACUCUAAUAGGAUCCUGUAUCUACAAGGUUAUUGUUAGGGUUAGGCUACAUUCAUUCACUUUCUGAGGAAAACAUCUCAAAUAUUGUUCCCUAAAAGCAGGUGACUGCAUGUAUUAUGCUUUGGAACGUUACAGAGAUCUGCUUUAUAUUUCUUGUUGAAUAUAUUUUUGCUGGUGUAUUACUAAUGUACACAAAUUGUUAUCAUGUAUAAAACCUGCAUAAAAAUGCCAGGCUUGUUCUCUGAGAGCAUUAGUACCUCCAGUGUCAUGUAUCUGAAACAAAAAUGUGUACAUUUGUGUUCUGUUUCCAUUCCACUGUAAUGUAAGCACAGCUAUGGCCAAAAGUUUUGCAUCACCUAUAAUUUUAGGAUUAAAACUAUAUAUAUAUAUAUAUAUAUAUAUAUAUAUAUAUAUAUAUAUAUAUAAUGUUAAUGCUCCCUCACUAUAAGGCUCUCGGGUGUAACGCGCCUCAAAUAUAACGCUCCUACAGUAUGUCCCCCAAUUCCCUAUACUAGUUAUUCAUGCAAUAUUUCUACAGUAAAUACAGUACUGAUGUUCAAACUGUAAACAACUUCUCAGUCUAACUCGUUCCCUUUUGAAACAGUAUCUGAACUGAAGUAAUGCUGCGCUGGCACUUUAUAACACAAACAUCUUAUUCAGCAUUUGUUUUAUAACUAAAUAAAUAUUAGGCCUAUUACAUGGUUAUCUUUCUAAUGUAUUUACUGUUUUGCUGCAAGAGCAGCUGCAACUUUCUCCAGGAGACGAGACUCUUCAGCUUCGCUUCAGGCCCGCUCUGGCAGCCGAACCUGGGGCGAACCCAUUCCCUCUUCCCCUCUCCAGACCCGCUCUCCUUCUCACAGUUGGUUUGCUUGUCUGUCGCUUCGAACUGAACUCCCGACCGCCGUUUAGCCAGGGUAUUUAUAGUUUAAAAACAGCUCAUUAAAAUGAUCCACGAGUAGGAAUGUUACCUUUUUUUUUGUUGUAAAAAAUAUAGCGUUGAUUACAUGGUGCUUUAUGCAUGUUUAAUUCACGAAAAGUUACAUUUUUGCUUCACUAUAUGUGCAUUAUAGAGAGGGAGUUAUGUGGCCCGCGGCGCCCCCCACCCUCUCCCCCAUUUAUAACACUCCAGUUAUAACGCUCAUAUUGUGUGUCCCCUAAAACCUGUUAUAGCGAGGGAGCACUGUAUAUAUGAACAUAAUUUAGAUCUUUUAUUUAAAAUCACGUAAUCAAAGAAACUACAAAAUGAUGUCGCAAAAGUCUACCGGCAGCCAUAAUAGUAGUACUGUAGUAUUUCGAUAGAUUAGAUUUUGAUUUUUCAAUUUGUUAAUUUUUCAUCAAGUAUAUGGGAAAACCAAAAAGCGGUAUGCAAUUCAAUAUGUUAACAGAACAUUAUUCAGCAGGUGUAAUUCGAAUCGAACUUAUGAAGCAAAAUGAGUUAAUUCCAUAGGGUGAUGCAAAACGUUUGGCCAUAGUUGUAAACAUUCACUUAAAAUGUUUUUAAAAGGAUGUACUUGAAAAUCCCAAUGCUGUAUAUAGUAGAAUCCCAGUUUGUAUAUAAAGUAGUGUACAAUUUCAAGAACACAUUGUAUUGUAAGGAUCUCUUGGUAUCGGCACGACCAUUCAAACAGUGGAUCUUUGGGUUAAAUGUCAGAAGUGCCUUGUGAAAGUGCUUCUGAGGACUUUGCUGAUUGCACUGACUGUGAGCACAGGGUACUUCUACCACUGCAGGCGUUUUGUACAGAUUUAUUGUGGAUAUUCGCAAUGCCAGUCUCACGCCAGGCUGGUACUAUGUGCUGAUUACAACAAAAAGCUUAUUUACAAUUGCACACUUUAAAGAAAUAAAACAUGUGAUGACCUCAAA